AUGUUCAAUACUUUUUUGUGGGUUUUAAUAACCUCACUAUUAUGUCAAAGAGUAAUUUGUGAUGAGUUAAAUUUAUCGUCUACAUGGGAGAAUGUUAAUUUGAAUAGAAUAAUUGAUUUAAGCAGGUCUUACACUAGAGAAAAAUUACAAAUUACAGUGAAAAAUAUUGGUAAUAAACCUUCAAGUAUUUAUUACUUGGCAUAUCCUAAUGAAAUUAUUUCAAAGACUGCUUUGAUUACUGCUUCCCUUGGAGAUUCUCAAUUUAUAGAUGCUGCUUUGGUUAAAGACACUACUACGCUAGAAGACGGUUCAAUUAUUGGUUAUGGUGCAGUUUCCUUCCCUAAAUCUGUUGAACCUGGAGAAGAUUUUUCUUUUGAAGUUUCAAUUGAAUAUAACUCUUGUGGUGAACCAUACCCAAAACAUAUUGAUAUAUUUGAAGAACAACAUUUAUUAUUCAGAACCGGAAGAUAUCCACUAUCGGCAUAUUUCACAAAGGAGUUCACAUUGAAAUUUCUUGGAAGUACUUCAUAUAAGGAAUUAAAUGAACCCCAAGAUACAAAUCUCCAUGGUACAGCAGAAGAUAUAGCAUAUUCAUAUGGUCCAUUUAACAAUAUUGAUUCUUACUACAAAAAUGAUGUUAUCGAAUUAGUCUAUUUGCAUAAUAUCCCAUUGAAUAAGGUUGUUAACUUACAAAGAGACAUUUGGGUAUCUCAUUGGGCUGGAAGUUUACAGUUUGAAGAAUAUUAUGAAUUAGUCAAUUCAGGUGCUAAAUUGAACAAGGGCUUUUCAAGACUAGAUCAUAUGAAGAAACAAAGACAAACUUUACAUGGUCAUUAUCGUGGUGUUAUUGAUACAGUUUUACCAUCAGGAGCAUUUGAUCAUUAUUAUACAGAUCUAGUUGGUAUGGUUUCCACUUAUCAAGUGAAUGAUGAUCAUUUUUAUUUAAAACCAAGAUAUCCAAUUUAUGGUGGCUGGAAAUAUAAUUUUACAAUCGGCUGGACUAAUGUAUUGAGCGAUUUCUUACGUACAACUGAGGAAAAAGACACAUAUAUUUUAUCGGUUCCAAUCCUAAAUGGGCCUCCUGAUACUACUUAUGAUAAUACUUCAGUUUCUAUUUACUUGAUGGAAGGUACAGUCGUGGAAGAAGUUGAUGUACCAGUUCCUUAUGCAAGUGUCCAAAUUGAUACUAAGCAUUCUUAUUUUGAUUUAAAUAAAGGUCAUGUUAAAGUUACGUUCAAUUUUGAAAACUUAGUUGAUGAGUUGCGCUCUGGUAGAAUCUUAGUGAAAUACAGAUAUGACUCAACUGCUUUCUACAAGAAACCUAUUUCUAUCGCUAGUUAUAUAUUCAUCGCAUUAAUCAGUUUCUUCACCCUGGCUCAUAUCAAUUUAAAUAUUGAUAAUAAACAAAAGUAA